AUGGCUCCGAAAGUUCUCCUAAAUAACGUUCCCGACGGGAGCGACCUAGAUAAAGAUACGAAGGCUCGGUUCGGGACCGCAAUCGGGUCACUGAUAUAUCUUAUGUUAAUCGGAUACACCGAUGCCGACUUUAGUGGCUCGGUCGUCACUAAUAGUAUAUACUCCACGUCCGGCUAUGUGUUUAAACUUACGGGAGCACUAGUUUCCUGGUCGUCCAAAAGACAGGGGGAAGUAGCGACGUCCACGACUCACGCCGAGUAUAUUGGCUAA